GGUAAAAUGAGGUGGUCACUGAGUUUCUGUAAGUAUAAAACUGAGUCAUAUUAGGGGCAAGCAUUCUCACACAGAGUCUGCUCUCCAAAAUAGAUCCAUCAUGGAAAUGUCUAACUGGGGAGUGACAAACGCAGAUAAUCAAACCAUCCAAUACUGCUUUCCAAACAACAAUUUGUCUUGUUCCAAGAGUAUCCGACCUGAAGUGGAGUACAUUAUUGUGUACAUUUUCAUUGCUGUAACAUCAGUGUUCACUGUGUUUCUGAACCUUUUGGUGAUCAUCUCCAUCUCACACUUCAAGCAGCUCCACACUCCCACCAAUGUGCUGAUCCUCUCUCUGGCAGUGGCUGAUCUGAUCGUAGGACUGAUUCUCAUGCCAGUGCAGGGAAUGAAACUGAUUGAGCCAUGCUGGUACUUUGGAGAAAUAUUUUGCUUAAUAUUUCCUCUUAUUCUUUAUGUAGUUCUCACAGCGUCUCUUGGUAAUAUGAUUAUUAUAUCAGUGGAUCGAUACAUUGCUGUGAAUGACCCUUUGCGAUAUCCAAUGAAGGUCAAUAAUAACAGAGCUGUUGUUUCUAUUGUUGUAAACUGGUUAUUGUCCUUCAUAUAUAAUUUUUAUCUGUUGUAUGAGUUUUUACUGUAUCCAGAGAGGAACCACACAUGUAUUGGAGAAUGCAUACUUUCUGUAAAGUUUGAAAAUGUAAUGCUAGAUGCUUUCGUUUGUUUAGUGGCACCUUGUUGUAUAAUUAUUCCUUUAUAUGUGAAAAUCUGCUUUGUAGCAAACUAUCAAGCGAAGCAUUUAAAUUCAGUCACAGACAAAAAGGCCAAAUCAGAAAAAAAGGCUGCAAGAACCUUAGGGAUUGUAGUACUGGUUUAUCUUCUUUGCUGGAUGCCAUACUAUUUAACUUCUCUUUCUGUUGGGCAUGAUGAAAAUGACACGCUGUUAAUUAAUGUAAUGGACUGGAUUGUAUGCAUGAAUUCCUGUAUGAAUCCACUUAUAUAUGCAAUGUUUUAUCGAUGGUUCAGACUGUCAGCAAAAUACAUUUUGACACAGAAAAUAUUUGAACCUUCAUCGGCAUACUUAAAUCUGUUCCCAGAAGAGAAAUGAUCACUUACACUUUCAUGCAAAUGUAAAUGAGAUAAUGUGUCUCUAAAUGAAAGAGUUCU